AAAUGUUUAUAUAAAAAGAAAUUCAUUUCAUCAAAAGGCUUAGUUCAACGAAAGUACAAUGCGUGGAGUGUUUUUAAUAUUGGUCUUACUUGCCGGAUUUGCAGUAUGUUAUGGUCAAACUGGUAAUAAAAUAACUCAUAAUAAACAUCAUAAACAUUGCGAUAAAUGGAUCCUGCUGCAAAAAUUUUAUUUUCUGACCUUCUUGGCUCUGAAAUUUAAAGCUAUCCUAGCAGUUGGAUCAAUUUGGGCAAUAGCCUUUAUAUUUGGAAAAAUAUUAACAGCAUUUAAAAUUGCCGAAUAUAUGAAAAAAAAAGAUAAACCAGAAAUAAUAUAUUCUAAACCGCAUUACCAUUAUAAGAGUUUACAUCCACCUUCAGACUAUGCUUUUGAUUUCCCCUCAAAAGGUGUUGAAUUGGGAUCUAAUGGUCAUAUAAAUUCAUCUCCUGGAUAUGGAAGGAGUUAUACAAUGACAAACAGUAAUGAUUCAUUUAUCAGUUUAAAUAUGCUUUUUGAAAAUAUCAGAAGAUCAAAUUUAACAGAGAUGGUAUUCGAAGAAAUGAACUUGAACACACAACCCUGUAAAAUGAAGUUUGUGUGUGAAGCAGAUUUUAACGCAAAGCAAAGUAUUAUAUUGGAAAAAAUAUUUAAUUUGUUCAUAGACGACUCCUAUAAAAAAUACAGAACGAAUAUAGCCAUUAAGAGGAUAGAAGAGUGUACGAGAUUAUAUCCAAAAUGUGAAAAAGUUAUACCUACAUAAGGAAAUCAACUGAAAAAUUUAUUUAUUUAUUAUAUUUAUUAAUUUAUUUAUUUAUGUUUAUUCAAUAUAUUUUAACGAAGUUAAGGUUUUGAGUAUUAUUUAUCAUCACUACUACUAAAAAUUAUUUCAUAUGGAAAUGGUGCUUUGUUAUGAUGACAGUAUAAUCAAUUCGAUACACAUAAAUAAUUUGGUGAUUAUAUAACUAACGCCAUGUACAUUCGGUCCGGUCUAACGUCUGGUCCAGGUUUUGCCUAGAUCCGGGAGAAAUUUUAAGUGUCGGAUUGUGCUAGGUUUUAAUUUUAUAUAAAUAGUCCAUCAAUCUUUUUGCAAAUAUGGUUUACUUCGCUACCGAAGAGAGGAAAAGCUUCAGACGUAUUUGGUUCCAUCCUAUUUUAGAAACAUGUCAACUAUAUAGUGCAUUCAUUCAAACACAAAAUACCAACAUGAGAAACUAUUUUGUAAACCAUUCUCCAACUAUUUCUGGUUCUGUUGUUGUCCUUAUAAAUAUCCCCAAAUUCAGGUCUUUUUGUACAAGACUCACUAAUAAAUGUACAUCUAGAUUCGUAGAUGUCUUGAAUAAGCACAAGGAUACACGAACUCUGCUUUUCAAAUGACACCAAAUAACACAAUUUGUUUUGCUUUUGAAUCACACUUUUUGAAGAUUGAAGAGAGACUGAAGUAUUGGAUACGCGCCGGGUGUGUUCACUUUAAUUUAGUACAAUGACUCACUACCUGUCUUUCGAGAAAACGUCAGUCUGGGCGUAUAGAGAAUGCCCGGGUGGACACCCGUACAUCUUUGCUCCCCGACAACGUAGCAUGUCAUUACUCAUGCCUCUAAAUGUACUUCCACUUUUGCCGGAUCUGGACAAUACCCGGACCGGUCGUUCGUCCGAACCAUGUCGAUUAUUUCACCACUACAAAUUGUCCACCAUAUCUCGAACGCUUUUAAUGGAUUUCUCCACUACUCU